AUGCCACCAUACCGGACACCGAAGAAGGCGUGGGGCAAUUCGUCAAACCCAAACAAAAACAGCUUCGUUCCUACCAACAAGACCCUUGAAAACGAAGUCGAUGAGGAGUACCGCACUCGAGCGACGAACGACCCAUAUACACACUACAUCCUUAAGACUGGAAAGCACAGGGGCAAGACCUUGAAGCAGGUCCAUGAAGAAGGCCGCAAUGAGGGCUACCUUGAUUGGAUGCUCAGAACACCAAAGGCAUGCAAGGACCUGGACGGAGAGCAUAUUGUGAAGAAGGGGCUGUUAUACUGGAAAGAGCACGCCUCCAGCGCCGAGCUGGUGAAAACGCCGACAAAACCCUCUACAAGGAGGGACAGUGCAGCUUCUGAGACGGAAACCUCCCGAUUCAAAGAUACUCAAGGAAAGCAGAUGACGAUCACGGGCGGGGAUGUUGCAGGUCUUUUUCACAUGAGGGAGAAUCAGCUCAAGACAGCUGGGGUGAAAAGAAAGUCUAACUACGUCAUGUACAGCAAGCGAUACUGGAGCAAUGUGUACUCCUUGAAAGAUGUGUAUGAUGCAGCCGUUCGUACACCAAACUGCCCUAGAGACGAAACUCCUGAUCAGGCUCUGGAGCGGUACUUCGAGAAGGUGAAGAGGUGCGGUCACGGAACUAUGCUCUUCAUGCCAGAGUGUUGUGAGUGCUUUGAAUGCGAGAACCUUCGCGCUGGACCGACACAAGGAGGCCUACGUUUUGUUUCUGGGUUGCAGAUAGAGCGGCUCAAGCAGAUGCAAAAGGAGCAGGAGAGAGAGGAUAGUAGAUGGAUCGGCAUUGAGCCUUGGAUGGGCGAUUAUGAUUAG